AUGUAUUGCGCCCAAGGAACCUACCACCCCGUCCUGGUGAAGAGUUGGAGAGACUACGACAACCAGUUCUGCUCCGAGAACAGCGACCCCGCGUUACUUGGGGCGACCCAAUACUACGUCCUGCUCGAGCUCGAGUUCGGAGGAACACCUCUGGAAUGUGCCAAGAUGCUGAUCAUGCAGUUCGAGAGUGUGUUCCUCCAGCUCGCCUGUUCACUGGCUGUGGCCGAAGUUGAGCUGCAGUUCGAGCACAGAGACCUGCACUGCGGCAACGUGCUGGUCAAUACCACGCAGCAAGAGUUUGCCGAGUUCCUGCUUCGCGGCCGGAGAGUUCAAGUGCGCACUGCCGGCGUGAAGGCGUCGGUGAUAGACUUCACGCUGUCGCGGACACUCAUUGGUAUGGAUGCCACGGCCGCCACCCUCAGCGAACGCUUCUACACCGGCCUUAUUUUCGCUGUUCCGAGAUGUUUUCGGCCAAAGCGACCCACUAGCGACCUUGACUUUGCGACAGCCUGUCGUGUUUUGCCAGUGUUAGCGCGCCCGUAG